GUCUUGCUUCAGCUCUGUGAGCUGGGACUACUGGUUUUAGACUUGCUCUCGACGAUCGCACUCUACUGAUUUUUAGGUGGCGGCAGCGGACGGGCGUGUGACUGGGCGUGCGUACUAUAGAUCUCUACCGAAUUGCACUGUUGAGGACACUCUACGUCGACAGUCAAAAAGGCUUUGAUUCUGUCCCCUUAUGCACUUUGCGUUCAUCUUACGACACAGGCGUCGCCUACUAAUGAACUUGGAGCCAAAUAGGCCCUCACGACUCACACCUGCCUCGUCUUCCUCCUCCCUCAAGCGGUCUUACGCACACGAAGCCAUCGGCCACGACGUCCGAUCGAAUUCACCCUCGCCUGUACCUUCAGCUUCCUCACAGUCCUCUUCUUCUUUUGCUGGUUCUUCUGGAUAUCCUGACAACGGAAACCAGCGCCCCACUAAAGUCCCGAAACUUGAAGGUCCUCGUUUUGUGUCGUCCGCUGCCGCCAACCUACCGCACCACAUGUCUCAUCCGUUUCAUCAGCCCUCUAGCUCAUCACCGCUACGUGGGGGCAAGACCUCGACUCCUUCUGCGAAACGGGGUAUAUCAAAAUACAGUAGCAGGGGCUCGAAGCCCAAUAAAAACCAAAGACGUCCUUCAUUCUCAGUGAUAUCUGGCCCUCUCUAUGACGCUCUUUAUAUCGAGCAGUUGUAUCCUGACCGCCAUUUGAAAGGCGAAUGGAAAAAUAACCCCAAAUCUCCGAUUUCCAACUAUUGCAACAAUGUGUUGGGAAUACAACCUCGAUAUGAAGUUACCCAGCAUGUCACGUCAGGCGGGAAACAGAUAUUUAGGUAUUCGCUGUCCAGAGUCUUAUCACGUUACCUCGCUGACUUUUACCUACGCCAUAGGUGUACCUUGAUUAUUCCUGACACCGAUGCCUCCGAAGGAGAUGUCAUUGCAUAUGGAGACAGUACUUCGAGGAAAGAGGCAGAGAUUCUGGCAGCGAUGCAUGCGCUACAUAUACUCGAAUCACGAGGGUUGGUGGGGAAAGAUGCGAAAGCAAAGAAGAAAGCACCAACAGUUGAUGCACCAACCGAAGCUACCUUAUCCGAUGGCACGGUGAUCGAUUUUGAACGCGCACGUCAAUUCAUGGACUAUUACUGCCGCCGUUUUCACUUUGGCAAACCUGACAUUGCUUAUGAAUACAAGAGUGGACCACGGGCCCGUUGGGAGGCUGUCAUGACCGUUGGUGGUCGAAAGAUCGGCCUUGGCGCAGGGGCUCAGAAGAAGGCAGCCAUGAUGAGCUGUUAUGUUGACGUUACGCAAUAUCUAGAAAGUUGCGACCCCGAUCUCUGGAAGCAGUUCGUGCAGGAUGCCAAGACUGGGAAAGAUUUGGGAAUGGCCCCGUCAUUCCUAUUCCAAAUUAGUGGGCCAAUAGAGGAUCGUAUCCAAGAUGUUUGCACUAGUGUCAAGACAAGCACGAUCUAUCGCAGAAGACCAAAGAUUGGAUCGUUGUUGACGGAAUUUGGCGUCGCGGAUACGCACCAGCAACAGCAGCCUCCUACAGCGCCGCGUUAUGUUGCACCUGCCAGACGCCAGGCUGAUGCUACUGUACUUGGGCAGAAGUCGACGGCUCUCCAGGAACGUCGCAAGGCGUAUUUGGCAGACGCUUCUCUGCAGAAGAUGCGUGAUACUAGAGCAGCCUUGCCUGUCUACACCAAGUCCAUCGAUAUUUUGGAGCAGAUUGAGGCGAACGACGUCACUAUUUGCAUGGCAACUACCGGCUCUGGCAAAACCACACAAAUUCCACAGCUGAUUCUGGACCAAUGGAUCGAGAGGGGCGAGGGGGCGAAAUGCAACAUCAUCUGUACCCAACCACGUCGUAUUGCUGCUAUCAGUGUCGCCAGUCGCGUCGCUACUGAAAGAGGGGAGGUCGUAGGCAAAGGAUCCGUCGGAUAUCAAGUUCGAUUCGAGGCGAAAUUGCCCGAGGAUCAUGGUUCUAUCACUUUCUGCACAACCGGCAUAUUUUUGAAGCGUAUGCAUUCUGCCCUCCAAGAUGAAGGACAUCGAGCUCAGAAUCUUGACGACGUCACCCAUCUCAUCGUCGAUGAAGUUCAUGAGCGGGACGUUGACACGGAUCUACUUCUUGUUGUCCUCAAGCGGCUGCUUGCUGAUCGUAAGGCCAGGAACAAGCCUCUGAAAAUCGUCUUGAUGAGCGCUACUAUCGAUCCAACACUUUUCCGACAGUACUUCACAGACAACCAGGGCAAGCCUGCAAGCGUUAUCGAGGUUCCUGGUCGAUCCUUCCCUGUUCAAAAGCAUUUCCUUGAUGACUAUGUUCCCCAAUUGGUCUCUUCAGAUACCAGGAGCAAUUGGGUAUUCCGGGACGAUUCAGUACAAAAGUACAUCGUUAAGGAGCUUGGCCUUCAGGCUCUCCCACCCGCACUCCAAGCAUCGUCGAGAUACAAGAGUUCCGAGGAUAUCAAAGACGAAGAUCUCGACCAGCCAUACCCCUUGAUUGCUCUCGCAGUUUCCCACGUCCUACGCAAAACCGACGAUGGGCAUGUCCUUGUUUUCUUGGCUGGUUGGGAUGAUAUAACGGGAGUGCAGAAGUGUUUACUGGAUGGCGGAAACUUGGGAGUCAAUUUCAAUGACCAAUCCAAGUUCAGCAUACAUUUGCUCCAUUCAUCUAUUCCAGUAGCUGAGCAACAAGUCAUUUUCGAUCCUCCACCCCCCGGCGUCCGAAGGAUCAUUCUCUCCACGAACAUUGCGGAGACGUCCGUCACGAUCCCUGAUGUCGUGUAUGUGGUCGAUACGGCCAGGAUCAAGGAGAACCGUUUCGAUCCUGAGAGGCACAUAUCUUCCCUGGUUUCUGCUUGGGUCGGCUCGUCGAAUUUGAAUCAGAGGGCUGGUCGUGCGGGCCGUCAUCGUCCUGGAGAGUACUAUGGAAUUCUGAGUAGCAAACGUGCAGAAGAGCUGCACCCUUACCAGACGGUGGAGAUGAAGCGUGUCGAUCUGACCAAUGUCGUUAUGCACGUGAAGGCAUUGGACUUCCCUGGAAUGACCGUCGAAGAGGUUCUGGCUGAGCUUAUCGAACCUCCUGCUCCGGAGCGGGUUGAAGCUGCCAUGCAUUCAUUGAUGAUGGUCGGUGCUUUGGACCAAGCGAGGAACCUUACAUCGCUAGGUCGCGUCCUUCUACAACUUCCUGUAGAAGUGCAGAUGGGCAAGAUGGUGUUGUUUGGUAGCUUCUUCCGUUGUCUCGAUUCAGCACUCACCCUUGCAGCUAUCCUGACAAACCGUGAUCCAUUCCUAUCUCCUAUGCAUCUGAAGCAGCGAGCCGCUGAGGUGAAGAACUCGUUCACUCCAGACGAAUUCCGUUCAGACGCACUUGCCAUUCUCAACGCAUACAAUAAAUGGUGGGCUUUGCAAGGCAAUGGAGAGUGGAAUGCUGCGAACAGGUUCUGCAUGGAUAACUUCUUGUCGAAGCCAACGCUCCUCAUGAUCCAGAAGAUUAAGGGUCAUCUCUUGCAGUCUCUAUAUGAUAUCGGUGUCAUUGACGUCUCCGCCGGCGGUACUGCCGCAAAAUUCAUGCCAAGGCGGAAACAGGAGGCUAUUGUUCCCAGGGAAUUGAACAUCAAUGGCAACUCCUUGCCUCUGCUCGCCGCUUUAAUCACGAUUGCCUCACAACCAAAGUUCGCUAUUCGAUCUGGAGAGAAGACCUAUCGCACGUCUCAGGACAAGGUAUUUACCGUUCUUACACCUCUUCGUAAUGUAUACUCACGUCGCUUUUAGGCUGUUUUUAUCCACCCGUCAAGUGUCAAUAACCGUCGACGCGAACUCGCUGGUACACGGACAGAGGCCGGCGUAGAGACUUCUGCCGAAAAGCAAAUUAUUGCAUAUGCCGAGAAGCGUCAGAACAUUUCUGUUGCCGGCGCAGCAGCCCAUGCACAAAAGUUCCUUGUGACGACAUCGCGAGUUGAUCCUCUGACCUACAUGCUCUUCGGCGCACAUCACAUUGAGGUCACCCAACGAGGUCUUAUUUGUGACGAAUGGCUGCCUGUCGUUGGCCGCGGAGAUGCCCUAGAUGAUGUUGAACGAUUGAAGGCUCUUAUGGAGUCCUGUAUGCUUCGCGUCUUCGAAGGUAUCACUCAAGGCAGAGCCAAGCGUCGUAUUACCGCUGGACCUGUCAUGCCCCGUGAAGAGAAAGAAGAGGAGUCAGAGGACGAGGACGAUGACAACCGGUUGAAGGAUUACGCCUUAUCGGAAACAGAGAUUCAGGAAUUGGACUUGAUGACGCAGGAGAUCGCCCAGAUUCUGAAUGACUACAAUGCAUACCGCGUGGCCAAUCAGAGCAGACAUAACUCGAGGCCAGGCACUCCCAUAGAUUCGCCAGGGUUCUCAUUGGCGAGGCUCGGCGGCGGAGGUACUCGAUCUGGAUAUUCGACACCUGGAGGCUAUGGCAAUGGUCCUAUGUUCAGCUCGCGACCUGGAACCCCAAGCAGACUGUCAAAAAGAUGGGGUUAACAUAUAUGCUCAUUCCAAUUACCGUGAUGUAGACUAUUGCAUCUCUUCAUUAAUUCUUUUCAUUUCACAGCUUUCAUGUAUCGGAAUUCCCCACUCUUGACUUCUAUGUAACCCGAUAUAAUACACUACUAUGAAAAUCCUGAAUCCUUUCGGCGCAUGAAUCCCAAUGCGUUUUUAGGCUCGGUCACUGGAGUGAUAUAGACGUCGCGUACAACUUGCAACUUUGUGAAGUGUUUUUGUGGUGGUCGUCGAUAUUUAAAUCAGAGUAUUUAGAAAUACUAUGACUUUCAUUCUGGUCCUUGUCGAUUAGUGGUUAGAUCAUCACGUUGUGGUUACUCUACAGAUCCGUGAAGACGGAGGCUCGAAUCCUCCCUGGGACACUUUUUUAUGUAUUUCUGAUCUUAC